AUGAGGCAAACCUGUAAUACUGAUGGUGGAGCGGGUUCCACUGAAAAUGUUCAAGCCCGGGAUAUAACUCAUCUCUCCAUAUUCGUCGACACUCCAACUGCCGCACCGAAUCCUGAAACCAAGCUAUUGGCUGACUUCAAGAAAGACACUCAUCUCAGCAAAGUGUACUUGGCGGGAAGAGGUGAGUUAGCUCGUGUUUUCAGGUGGCUGACUUCUAUGCAUCUCAUUAGCGUUUGUUGUCACUGACACUAGUGUUUGGAACUUGUGUUUUGAGUAAGAACCACUGACUGAGUUUGCCAAUGAAUCAUUUUCAACUAGACUAAAUGGCAGAAUAUCACUAUUGAUCAAAUCAUAUAUAUUUUAUAAUUAUUUAGUUAAGCUUCCAUGUGAAGUUACUAUUUUAGGCUAGUAUAGUACAGCUUAUUCUAACCUAAACAUUAAAAUAUUUACUGCAUAACAAUUUUUUGGGACCUCAGAGUAUCUCAACAAGGAAGGUCAGACCUCUGUGCGCCCGCUCAUUGGGAAAAUAAUGCAACAGAUCGGCACAGACCCCACUCUCUGUCCAGAGUAUCCAUCAUCCUUUGGCCUUCCAGAAUUCACCAGGAGAGCAACAGAAUUGGUUUUGGGCAGGGACUGCCAUGCCAUCGUGGAGAACAGGGUAAUGUUGGAUGCCUACUGUAAAUGUUCCAUGGAUCAACUUGACCUCAAGUGUGAUCCUCACAGUUUUCUCAUACAGUAGGUGGCUUGCUGAUUUGUAACUCAAGGUUAUUAAACUGUCUUUAAACAAGCACUGCACCAAGCCAUCAGUAAAGAACAGCCAUCUGGACACAAAGAUAGGCCUUUCACAAGCUCAACGGCAGCAUAACCUAUGUAAUUACACUUUGGCCACCCCUUCCUUAUCCACACACUAGUUUUUAUGUAAUCAAUCAACAUCAGCUUGUAAGUGGCAUCGGAUAAUGCAUUAUGACUGACUGUAUUGAUUUUACCCCCCUCCCCUGUGCUCAUUAUACUGUAGGUGUUGGGUGUGCAGACUGUGGGCUGUACUGGGGCUGUUCGUCUGGGGGCUGAGCUCUUGAAGCACUGGUACAAUGUGAGCGGUGUCUGGGGUGGGCCAAUCUAUCUCUCCUCCCCCUGUGAUGGUAAGUAGCGGCUUACCAAACUAUUAUCACAAAAUAAGCAUGCACAUAGUAAAAAGCACAAUCCCAAGGGUAGAGCAAUAUAGAAUUGGUAUUGCUGAUGAUAUUGGUGCUGAAGCUCUAGUGAUCAUGUUCCUUUCUGCAGAAUCCUUGGCUGGUAUCUUUGAGGCAGCAGGGAUCCAGGAUGUCCGUCGGUAUCGGUAUUGGGAUACAGAGCAGAGGGGUGUGUGUGUGCAGAAAAUGAUGGAGGAUCUGGAGAUGGCUCCAGAGCAGAGUGUCAUUGUUCUGUCUGCUUCUGCUCACUGCCCUACUGGUUCAGACCUCUCCCAGAAGCACUGGAGACUCCUCACACAGUUUAUGGUGGUACUGCUCCAUAACCCAACUGUUUUUACAGUCUUUAGUAAUGUAAUGGAUGUUAUACAUUCAACAUUUUAGUCAUUUAGCAGACGCUCUUAUCCAGAGUGACUUACAGUUCAUGUAUUCAUCUUAAGAUAGGUAGGUGAGACAACCACAUAUUACAGUUGUAGUAAGUAAAUGUUUUCCUCAAUAAAGAAGUUAUCAGCAAAGUCAGUUAUCAAUGUUGUUUUCUUUCUUUGGAGGUCCUGGCAUCAGUAUAUCCCAGGGAGUAGCAUUUCUACAGUAUAAACACUUCUUAUAGUAGUCCUCUUCAGUAUCCUCAUGCUCUCUCUCUCUAUUCUUCUCUCUGCAUCUUUCUCUCUUCUAUACUCCCAGAGGUGUAGGUUUUUCCCUUUCUUCCUGCUGCCUGCACAGGGCCUAUGCCAUGGGGACCUUGAACAAGACGCCUGGCCAGUGCGUCUGUGUGCCUCUCUGGGGAUGGAGCUUCUGUGUGCCCAGUCCUUCUCCCACAGCUUUGGGCUUUACGGUGAGCCACUUCAAGGGUUCACUUGCCUCUUAGUGUAUUAACAACUGAUGUCUCUUGCUUUCAUCGAAUGUGACGAUUGUAAGAUCCUCAGGACAUACAUAGACUGACAGUAAAUCUCUGGAAGGAAAUACAUUUUCUUAUUUUGUCCUUACUGCAGGCGAGCGGGUUGGACACCUCUUAUGUGUCCUAAAGCAGAGCUCCACACUGCUAGCUGUUCAGUCCCAGACCGAGAAGCUGGUCAGGGCUCUGUGGUCCCGGCCAUCUGUCGGAGGAGCUCGUGUGGUUGCCACUGUGCUCAGUAACCCUGCCCACCAUGUGGAGUGGUAAGUUAUUAUGGAUAGUCUAUGCUUCAAUAGCAUUGUCUGCAAGGCUUCUCCAGUAUAAAAUGCGAGAAUACAAAGUCUCGUUACAGUACGUGGGACCAAUGCUUCAUGAUAAAUUAAAUAGACCUCUGUGUAAAUCCUUGUCCCAGGCAGGAAGGAUUGAAGAGUAUGGUGGAGAGGGGCAUGCUGGUCAGAGAGAGGUUGAGAGAGAAGCUAAGGCUUCUUGGAUGUCCUGGCAGCUGGGAUCACCUGAUCCAGCAAGGUGGACUGUACUGUUGCACUGGGCUGAAUGGUGAGCAAACCAUCUUAAGCCCCGUUUCCACUGGCACUUAAAAUUUGGGCCAAAUUCGACCUGGCUCGAAUGGAAUUCUCAGAUUCGAGCUGGGUCGAGGGAAACCCGGGCCAGCGCAGCCCAGUUUCACAACUGGUACCAGCUCGAUUAGAAUUGGGGCUGGUGAUGCCAUUACUAUGCAACCACCAAGCUGAUCACUGCAGGAUGCUGACACACAGUGUUGCCAUGUUCGCGUUUUUUUGUUGCAAUUGGGCUACUUUGAAAAUGAUGUCGUGGGGUAAAAAUGUAUUGGUCGCGGGUUGCGGGUAUUUGGGCUAUUCCUAAAUUGCACUGCGGCCGCCAUGUCAUUUCUCUUAAAAAUAUAUAGAUUUCACUGUGACCUGUUGCUGACUGUCAGGCAGUGAGGCAGGCUGUUGCUGUUGCUGAGUGAGUGGUGUGUGUGUGUGUGUGUGUGUGUUGAGUGAGCGAGAGGAGAGGGAGCAGCACGCGCACGUUGUGACAACUUUUUACCAGUUGUAGGUAGGCUAUUUAGAUUGUCAUUAUGGAGACACCUAUUUCCAACCCUUUUUCGUAAAACAUUAAUAAGCUAGAACUGAUGCACAUCAAGAAAUAAUGGGGACAAAGCAAUGGAAAACGACUUUGGGCACACUAGAGCACACUACAUACAGUGAGGGAAAAAAGUAUUUGAUCCCCUGCUGAUUUUGUACGUUUGCCCACUGACAAAGACAUGAUCAGUCUAUAAUUGUAAUGGUAGGUUUAUUUGAACAGUGAGAGACAGAAAACAACAAAAAAAUCCAGAAAAACGCAUGUCAAAAAUGUUAUAAAUUGAUUUGCAUUUUAAUGUGGGAAAUAAGUAUUUGACCCCUCUGCAAAACAUGACUUAUUACUUAGUGGCAAAACCCUUGUUGGCAAUCACAGAGGUCAGACGUUUCUUGUAGUUGGCCACCAGGUUUGCACACAUCUCAGGAGGGAUUUUGUCCCACUCCUCUUUGCAGAGCUUCUCCAAGUCAUUAAGGUUUCAAGCCUGACGUUUGGCAACUCAAACCUUCAGCUCCCUCCACAGAUUUUCUAUGGGAUUAAGGGUCUGGAGACUUGCUAGGCCACUCCAGGACCUUAAUGUGCUUCUUCUUGAGCCACUCCUUUGUUGCCUUGGCCGUGUGUUUUGGGUCAUUGUCAUGCUGGAAUACCCAUCCACGACCCAUUUUCAAUGCCCUGGCUGAGGGAAGGAGGUUCUCACCCAAGAUUUUACGGUACAUGGCCCCGUCCAUCGUCCCUUUGAUGCAGUGAAGUUGUCCUGUCCCCUUAGCAGAAAAACACCCCCAAAGCAUAAUGUUUCCACCUCCAUGUUUGACGGUGGGGAUGGUGUUCUUGGGGUCAUAGGCAGCAUUCCUCCUCCUCUAAACACGGCGAGUUGAGUUGAUGCCAAAGAGCUCCAUUUUGGUCUCAUCUGACCACAACACUUUCACCCAGUUCUCCUCUGAAUCAUUCAGAUGUUCAUUGGCAAACUUCAGACGGGCAUGUAUAUGUGCUUUCUUGAGCAGGGGGACCUUGCGGGUGCUGCAGGAUUUCAGUCCUUCACGGUGUAGUGUGUUACCAAUUGUUUUCUUGGUGACUAUAGUCCCAGCUGCCUUGAGAUCAUUGACAAGAUCCUCCCGUGUAGUUCUGGGCUGAUUCCUCACCGUUCUCAUGAUCAUUGCAACUCCACGAGGUGAGAUAUUGCAUGGAGCCCCAGGCCGAGGGAGAUUGAAAGUUCUUUUGUGUUUCUUCCAUUUGCGAAUAAUCGCACCAACUGUUGUCACCUUCUCACCAAGCUGCUUGGCGAUGGUCUUGUAGCCCAUUCCAGCCUUGUGUAGGUCUACAAUCUUGUCCCUGACGUCCUUGGAGAGCUCUUUGGUCUUGGCCAUGGUGGAGAGUUUGGAAUCUGAUUGAUUGAUUGCUUCUGUGGACAGGUGUCUUUUAUACAGGUAACAAGCUGAGAUUAGGAGCACUCCCUUUAAGAGUGUGCUCCUAAUCUCAGCUCGUUACCUGUAUAAAAGACACCUGGGAGCCAGAAAUCUUUCUGAUUGAGAAGGGGUCAAAUACUUAUUUCCCUCAUUAAAAUGCAAAUCAAUUUAUAACAUUUUUUGACAUGCGUUUUUCUGGAUUUUUUUGUUGUUAUUCUGUCUCUCACUGUUCAAAUAAACCUACCAUUAAAAUUAUAGACUGAUCAUUUCUUUGUCAGUGGGCACACGUACAAAAUCAGCAGGGGAUCAAAUACUUUUUUCCCUCACUGUACAUUUGCUAGGAGGUGGUUUAAACUGCAUUCUAAUGUUGAUUUUGCCCAAAGAAAACGGUAUCAAGCGAAGUGUUUUAUGCAUGUUCAGUUCUUGGUUCUUGGGGGCUGCCGGAGUGGAAAUUUGAAAUGGAAGUUAUGGAACUCCCUCGCGUGGUUCUUUUUAUGGGGAAAAGUCCUCCAUGAAACUGACAUUAAAUGUGGACAAUGAUACAUUUGCCUCUGUUGGCUCGCAUUCCAUGCCCGGCUUCUUACCCAUUUAAAGUUUGAGAAUAGGUAACUUUAAGCAUCAGUUGUCAGAGCAGCUUACCGAUCACUGCACCUGUACACAGCCCAUCUGUAAAUAGCCCACCCAACUACCUCAUCCCCAUAUUGUUAUUUAUUUUGCUCAUUUGCACCCCAGUAUCUCUAUUUGCACAUCAUCUUCUGCACAUCUAUCACUCCAGUGUUAAUACUAAAUUGUAAUUAUUUUGCACUAUGGCCAAUUUAUUGCCUUACCUCCAUAACUUACUAGAUUUGCACACACUGUAUAUAGAUUUUAUAUUUUUCUAUUGUGUUAUUGACUGUACGUUUUUGUUUAUCCCAUAUGUAACUCUGUGUUGUUGUUGUUUUUAGCGCACUGCUUUGCUUUAUCUUGGCCAGGUCGCAGUUGUAAAUGAGAACUUGUUCUCAACUGGCCUACCUGGUUAAAUAAAGGUUAAAUAAAUCAAAAUAAAAAAUAUCAAGUAGCCUAUUAAUGUACAUGACAUUGUAGACUACCAUUUGAUACAAUAAAUAUGUUGAAAUGACGAUAUCACUGGAGUCAUUGCAAAUCAAUGUGCCACUUGUGUAGCCUACCUGGAGCUGGCAAACCAAUUUAAUAAAUAGCCUAUAACUUCAGUUCAUUGUUGUUGUAGCCAUAUGUUAUUACGCAAUUAUUAAUGCACAUGUUUAAUUAAUUAAAUUGGAAGUUAUCAAAGCUCUAUCGCAAUUGCCAAUCAGUUGUUAGAACGCAUUAGAUUGACGGUAACAGUAGUCAGAUUAGGCUACAGGUUAAAAUAAUAAUAAUAAUAAUAAUAAACACUGGCUGUUAUUGACAAGCAUAUUCAGUAUAUAUACACUACCGUUCAAAAGUUUGGGGUCACUUAGAAAUGCCCUUGUUUUCGAAAGAAAAGCAAUUUUUUUGUCCAUUAAAAUAACAUCAAAUUGAUCAGAAAUACAGUGUAGAUAUUGUUAAUGUUGUAAAUGGCUAUUGUAGCUCGAAAUGGCUGAUUUUUUAUGGAAUAUCUACAUAGGCGGACAGAGGCCCAUUAUCAGCAUCCAUCAGUCCUGUGUUCCAAUGGCACGUUGUGUUUGCUAAUCCAAGUUUAUCAUUUUAAAAGGCUAAUUGAUCAUUAGAAAAACCUUUUGCAAUUAUGUUAGCACAGCUGAAAACUGUUGUGCUGAUUAAAGAAGCAAUAAAACUGGCCUUCAGCUGGAGCAUCAGCAAUUGUGGGUUCGAUUACAGGCUCAAAAUGGCCAGAAACAAAGAACUUUCUUCUGAAACUCGUCAGUCUAUUCUUGUUCUGAUUGCCAAGAAACUGAAGAUCUCGUACAACGCUUUGUACUACUCCCUUCACAGAACAGAGCAAACUGGCUAUAACUAGCUGUAACGUCAUUACAGGUUACUAUGAUAUUCCUUCUUAAUUGGCUCAAUAACGUUAUGGAAAAAGGUUUAGUUGUUUAAAUAUGGCAACUCCUCUCUUGCUGUGAAAAAAAUAAUCUGGGCUAGUUUUCAGGCCUUUUGGGCGGGUUUUGAGUGGUCGUUGUUCUGAAAAUGUUAACUAGACCUGGCAACCCUACUCAGACAUGACACGAAUUACCACCAUAGUUGGAUCCUUCAUUCAUUUUUUCACUAAACAAUAAACUUUUAUGAGAAUAGUCAGCCCUCAAAUGCUAGGUGCCUAACGUUAGCUAGCAAAUCAGAGUUGAAACAAGCUAGCUAGCUAGCAGCUAACGUGAGCUAGCAGGAAUUUUAGCUGGCCAGGUCGUAUUGAAAGCUAGAUAGCUUGCUGGUUUGCUUGGUUAGCUAGCUAGCUAAUAGCCAAUGCCAUGGCAAUCAAGGUAGGAAUUAAACUAUCUUGCUAGCCUGUUAUGCUAGCGAUGACACUAACCGUUUAGUUAGCUUGCUAGCUAAUGUCAGCAAGUUAAAUACAUGGCUCUGUGUCUGGAUGGCACUGGCAGGAAUAUGGGAUAAUGUUAGCUACAGCAUGGUGAGGGUGAAUGAAAUUCUUCAACAUCUUGCUAACUAGCUAGCAACAUUAGCGAAGCCAGCUGCAGUCACAUAUUGGCUACCUAACAACAUUACAUAAUUUCUAAUUUCUGGAGGCAGUGGAAACGCAAUUUGAGCUAGCUCACCAAGGCCAGUCCAACUUGGGUUGACUUUAAAGUGCCAAUGGAAACAGGGCUUUAGUUAAGUUCAGGAUUUGUCAUCUUUCAAACAAUUCAAACAGUGGUAGGACACUGUACCCGUCUAUGGGCUUGAUUCAAUCCGUGUCGCUGAAGUUCAGCUCUAUAGCACACUUAAAAUGUAAAGGUAAUUUCCAUUGAGCUGGCAUAUACAGCGUUUACUGUGAAUGUAGUCUGUGAACGCGGAACUAUAGCACUGAACUUCAGGGAUACAGAUUGAAUCAAGUCAUAUAUCAGCAUUUUAAAAAUGGUUUCCACAAACAACGUAGACUAUUUAUGCAUUGCAACUUCCUAGACCUUACAUUUUCAGUGUAAGAGCGUUUGAAAACAUCAAGACAGGUUGCUUUUGUUUCUUUGCAUUAUCUAGCAUUAUCUAGCUAGCUUUUGGUGUCAGUAAUUUUAUCUCACAAUCUCACACUUCAUUCUCAAAUAUAUUCUUUAUAUCAUUAGCAAUGAUGUUGUACAGUUUUCUUGAACUGAAUUCUACCCCUUUUAGCCAAGCUGAGUCGUGCUUCGUAAAAGCUUCUGCUAAAUGGCUUUUACUGUAUACUGUAUAUGUCCAUGACCUCUAUCCUGUUUAUUGUACACCUAGGUACCAGUAAUUUACGUAAGUGCUAUGUUCCAUGUUGAAUGUCCUUUCCUUAAUCUUUGAUUAUGAUCUCUUCACCUGUCUCCUUUAGUCCAACAAGUGGAAUUCCUGAAAAAGAGGAGUCAUAUCUACCUGCAUCCCAAUGGCUGUCUGAAUGUGAGUGCUAUCAACAGCCGUAACCUAGACUAUGUAGCUGAGUCCAUCCACCUGGCAUUGACCUCUGUCUUCUGA